GAAAGGUUUGUAGGUGCGUGUCGCUGGUGAAUGAAGCGGUAUAAUUGUUAUGUGCGAUGGCCGUGUGCUAUAACGAGCAGGCAUCAUCUAGCUCGGGAAACGUAACGAAAAAGUUACCUGCGGCCGCCGCAAAAUCAGUCUGUUGGCAGCACAGACUAUUCGGUAAACAAUUGUCGCGGUGCAGUCAGGUUAAUCAGCAGGACAUAAAACUUAGCGAUGCAAGUGGUACACUUAUUGACGAGGACGGUCAAGCGACCUGUGAAGUGAUCGGUGUGUAUUUUAGUUUCAUUAACCCAGGUGCUACCUGUGAUGAUUUUACGCGUCAGCUGCUCGAGUUGUACACGAAUCUCAACUCGUCAUCAUACGCGGAGAACGACCGAGAUGCGAAGAUUUCUAUCAGGGGAAGAGAAAGGAGGAAAAAAUUCGAGGUCGUACACGUGGUUCUUUGGAGUAACGUAGCCGACGUCUUCGACUUUGAGGAAAGUUUUCGUGCACACGUUUCUGAUUUACCCUGGUUGGCUGUGCCGAACUUAGAUUAUGAGAGAAAGACCAGAUUGACUCGAAGGUAUCGGAUAAAAGCCGGUGUACCGACUUUGAUUUUAUUGGACGGCUCUAACGGCUCGGUGGUAACCAGAGGAGGUGUAGAGCGAACUAUCGGCGAUCCUAGCGGAGCUGAAUUUCCUUGGAAACCUCCUCAUCCUAAGGCUUCUCUCGAGGAUGGACCCUUAUUGCCAUGUGGAGCUCGCGAGAGUAACGAACCUAUGCUGCACGAAGAAUUACGUCACUGCUUCAAGGGUGUUUACUUCAGCGCACACUGGUGUCCACCUUGUAAAGCUUUUACCCCACAACUUGUGGAUACCUAUCAGCGAAUUCGGGAGAGAGGUCAUGAUUUUGAGGUGAUUUUUGUAAGUUCAGAUAGGAGCGAAGAGUCUUAUAACGUUUAUAUUGAAACGAUGCCUUGGUUAAGGAUACCUUUUAGUCAGGAAGAUAGACGACGAAAAUUAGCAAGGGCUCUCGACGUACAAGCAAUACCCACUUUAGUAAUACUCGAUCCUCGAGAUAACAUUAUAACUUUGGAUGGUCGAGCGGAAUUAAUCGAGGACCCUGAAGGAUUGAAUUUUCCAUGGACUAGUCGUUUGGUAAAUAUUUUAACUGAAAAAUAUGCUACUUCAUUGCACGAUGCACCAGCAAUUAUUCUCUUUGUUGAAGGUGAAGACUGUGAGAUUCAAUUCGCAGAAAGUGUAUUAUUACCAGCUGCACAGGCAUACGGAAAAGAUAGACCUGAUUAUGAUCCAAAUUACGAUGAUCCAGAUGAUAUUUUGCAGUUUUAUAUAGCAUUAGAUUGUGAAACAUCCGAUAUUCUUCGCGAAUUUGUCGGUUUAGACGAUGCUGUGCCUCUUCUAACAGCAAUUGAUAUACCUCGAGGAGUUUACGUGGUGAUGGAGGAUGGUGCCGAAAUAACUGUAGAUUCUGUACAACAGUUUGUCGACGGAUUUCGCAAUGACAAAUUACCUAUAAACAAAAUAGCCGCUGUACACAAAACAACUAAAAAUGAUCACAUUUCUACUUGAAUUUUUAAAAAUCCAUCUUUAUUAAAUUAAAUUACUAAAAAUCAUACGAAGGAAGGAGCAGUUAGAUUUUUAAGUGAUCAUUAUACAACCACAAAAUAAAGAAACCCCAUCCGCUCUUCUCAAUCCUAUCUCUGUGAUACCAUUGCUCCUUUCGUAGGAUCUCUCGCGCUAAAUAGCGUUUGUAUUCACACAUCCCCUUGUGGAAGUAACCAAAAGAUAUGUAUUAUAUAUUAUAGUCAAUAAAAAUUGAGCAAAUUGUAUUUUUAGGUAUACACAUGCACACGUUAAUAUAUUACAUAAUGUAUUACUUAAUA